AUGGCUGGACCUUAUGCGAAAAAGGCGACCACACCGUCUAAACCGUCCUUUGGAUCGAAGCAAUCAUCAACCAAGCGAAACACAAGCAUUCUGAGUUUCUUCCAGAAGACUGAUACCCCACCAGGCGCCGUUUCUCGCCAGGCUCGGAUCACUCAAUUUGGAACAGCCUCUACACGAUCACCGAGCAAUGGCCGGGGUACACCAACAUUCAAGAGAGCAAUUUCAUCGAAGAGCGAGCCCAAUGGGGAUCUUUUUUUGGAAGACAAAAAGGGAUUGGCGAAGCUACAGCAAGCAAAGGAAGCAGGCCAAAAAGCACGAUCGCCAACGCCCGACAUCUGGGGUGACGAUGAAGAAUUUCUGAAGGCGGAUGACGAAAAAUAUAACGAAGGUGGCUCGGCGAUCAAGCGGCGGAAGGUCGACUCACCGAGUACCCCGGCCGAUGAGUCUCAGAAACCAGAUACUGAACCAAAAACCACCAAAAUGCCUGCACCCACGAAGGCCCGAAGCGGACCUUUCAUCGAUGAAUCGGACAGUGAGGAUGAUAUGGUAGAAUUCAGAGAGAUCCCAGAGACACAAGCCGCCACUACGGAUCUUACAUAUUGCGAGUCAUUUCCAACGAACAAGACAGCAGAAACAGAAUGCCUUUCCGAGCCCACACCCCCGCCAUCGGUAAGCGUCGCCAUGAGCAAUAUCGAUAAUGAUGAACACACGAAUUUUGACGAAAUAGAAGAAGAUGAGCUCAUAGCGGAGGAGCUUCGAAAUCGGCCUUGGGAGGCCGAGGAGCAGGACCAAGAGAUCGACUUGGAUAUAGAUCCAGAAAACGAUAACAAUGAUUGCUCCGGUAUGGAAGAAAUUGUCGAAGAUCGAGUGAGCACAACAUGUCCCAUCUGUCAGGCGGUGUUGAAAGACGUCAAUGAAACAGAAAUAACCAUGCAUGUCAAUGACUGUCUAGAUGGAAAAUCCAACACCGCCAUGGCCGCGCCCCUAACAAGGCCGAUAUCAACCCCCAGCCUGAAUCCUGUAGAUACCAAUAAAGGACUGACACGCGCCGAACGAGCUGCCAUCGCUCGGCCUGCCCAGCGUGAUCCAUAUUCGCAACCGAAACCAAAAGGACGGUCAGCAUUUUCUAAAAUGAUGGCCGGCAAUGCAGAAGAUACAGCUUGGAAUACUGCAGCGGCGAACGAGGUUUCAUCGCGUGGCAAACAAGCAUAUCAGCGGACAUGUCCGUUCUACAAAAUUCUUCCUGGGUUCUCAAUCUGCGUUGAUGCUUUUCGCUAUGGGGCUGUCGAGGGGUGUAACGCCUAUUUCCUCAGCCAUUUCCACAGCGACCACUAUAUCGGGUUAAGCAAAUCUUGGUGCCAUGGACCUAUCUAUUGCAGUCGUCCUACCGCCAAUCUAGUCCGCCAGCAGCUCCGAGUUGAUCCCAAAUGGGUUGUCGAUCUCGAAUUUGAAACCACCUUUGAGGUGCCAGGGACAGGGGGUGUACAGGUCACCAUGCUUCACGCAAAUCACUGCCCAGGCAGCUCUCUUUUUCUUUUUGAGAAGACUGUAGGGUCUGGACCCAGUGCACACCAGCAGCGGGUACUCCAUUGCGGUGACUUUCGCGCAUCCCCAGCUCAGGUACAACACCCACUUCUUCGCCCCAAUGUGACAAAUCCAGUUACCGGUAAGCCGACGCAACAACACAUCAAUACAUGUUAUCUCGAUACUACAUACCUGAACCCCAAAUAUGGGUUUCCUUGCCAGGAGGAUGUAAUCACAGCGUGCUCGGAGCUCUGUGUGCGUCUUAACCAAGAAGCCGGCGUCGGGAUCGACAUAGGGAAGAAUGGCACAGGUCAAUUGAUGAACAAAUUUCUCUCCAAUAAGACGGGAAACAAUAAAGCGGCAGACAAAGGCUCACAGACUGGCGGCCGCCUGCUUGUAGUGAUUGGGACAUACAGCAUUGGCAAGGAGCGAAUAUGUAUGGGCAUUGCGCGAGCACUUGGUUCGAAGAUCUUCGCAACUCCUCCAAAGCAACGAAUUUGUGCUUGCUUGGAGGAUCCAGAACUUACUGCAAUGCUGACCACAAAUCCCCGCGAAGCGCAAGUUCACAUGCAGACGCUUUUUGAGAUUCGCGCGGACACACUCUCCGAAUAUCUCGACGGUCUCAAGCCACACUUUUCUCGAGUUGUCGGAUUCCGCCCGACGGGUUGGACGUAUCGUCCCCCUGCGGGGCGGGUUCUACAGAAUCCUCCCGUGUCCACAGUUCUACAUGGCGAUAGUUGGAAGAGUCCAUUCACGAUCCAAGACCUUACCCCACAACGCGGGAGCACCAAGGAAAGCGCUUGUUACGGUGUGCCUUAUAGUGAGCACAGUUCGUUUCGUGAGCUAACCAUGUUUUGUUGCGCUUUGCGCAUUGGGCGGGUCAUUCCCACAGUGAAUGUUGGUAGCCAGAAGAGCCGAGACCAAAUGAAGGUUUGGAUGGAGCGUUGGGACGCGGAAAAGAAGAAGAAUGGGCUAUUUCCUGUAACCGGCGAUCGGUGGUGA